UCGAGUCUCCUUCAUUCGCCGUUUGGAGCGCGCUCGGAGUGGUUGCUUGGUUUAUAGACGUGUACGACCGCGUGGUGCAUGGUGUUUGUUCUAUUGUACAGAAGAACCGUGAUUGUUGCGUAGCGUGAGUGCCUGCCUGCAGACAGACAGAAGAAUAGCCGGUCCGCUGCGGUCCGGCCUGUGUUCUGUGCUUGGUUGGUACUAUGGGGAGAACGAAAAUUAUUUCCACGUCUGUCCGUGUCCAUUUGUUGUUGGUUUGGCAAUAAGCAGCGCGCGGUGACGGGAUUUGAAUUAUUUAUGUUUUUAUUCGUUCCGGUUCGUAGAACACGCGUCCACCGCCGCUCAGAGUGCUGUUGCUGCUGCAAUGGUGAAGUGCUUGGUUACACCCUCCGACGAGGUAUCCAGAAGUUAGAAGAAGCGAGAUUCCGGUGUUGUUUUCGAUGGGGCCAGGCGUGCUUGGUGAAAGGAUGGAAUUCUUUUCCGCGUAGAAGCAGUAGUGUGAACUAAGAGUUAACAAGCUUUUCGAGGUUGAUCAGAGAUUAGCGAUCGCCGCCUAGCUGAUACGGUUGGCCGAAUUUAGUUUUUCGUCAACCGUGGAGUGCCCGAUUGGAAUAGUGUUGAAACUGAAGCCCGCGUUGUCGGCUUUAAAGUGGUUGCGAUCAUAAAUUACAUCAGUUAAUUGAUUGUUGUGAUAAGCCGAACAAACACUUUGGAUGAGACCUGCGAAAACUGCUUGAAGUGAAGGAAAAGAGCCUUUCAUUCAAAACGAUCUGCGCUCAAUGAUGAAACUCGUGAUCGCGUGAGGCUGAUGAAGAUUCAUUUCGUACGUCCGUGACAGUGAUUGCAGAAAAUAAAAUCACGGCUGGAAAAUGGUUUAGAAAACCGGAAACCCGCCGCCAUAAAAAGUGUAUUCAGAGUGUAUUUUUAUCUCAACUGAAGAAUCUCCACCGGCUGCAGCAGAAGAAAACGCGCCAACCGCUCGCUCGAAACGCUCCGAAGCAGUGCAAAGCCGACUUGUAUUAUUGCAUCAAACGAUCUACGGUGGGUGGGUGCAAGCCGCUGCCGUUUGCUCGUCGGUCGUCAGGCUUCAGUGAGUUCUAUGAAAAAGUAAAGCACCGGAGUUUCGAUUAUAUUUUUCGGAUUGUGCAAAACCGUUGUAGGCCGUGCUGGCUGUCUAUUGAAACAUGGCGACCGUUUUCCGCCCAAAAGCAUCAUCAAUCGAAUUGCUACCAGAGGUGGCCCCAAGCGCCGCAACGCAAGUUCACUCCAGAGAAGUUGUUAUAGAGAUGCGCGAAGAGGAUUUAGGUUAUGUUUAUUUACAUCACGCCCAAUAACAAUCAAUUUUUGCGGUGAACAAAAUUAUAUUUUCGCGUGCGUGUUAGUUUGAUUUGCCCAUAAGAUGUCAAGCAUAUAAGUGACGUCAUGCUUUGCACUAACACACUUUCACGUUCUUUCAUGUUGCGCUUUGUUUCCCAUGUUUUUCUAUUUCCUUGAAUUUGCUCGAUUGGGACCGCGUUUGACGGUUCAAUUGGAACCUUUGGUUUCAGUCUUCGCGCAUCUCUAUAACAACUUCUCUGGUUCACUCCACCUAAAAUAAACCGGCUUCCGUCUCUUCCACCCACUUUGUUAGGGCAAACGUGCAGAAUCAGCUGUUUCAGAGAAUAAAUCCACCAAAGGGGACGCGUCCCUUCCUGCAUGUUCGCGUGACAAUAGAAAGUGACCGUGUGCCGAUUCUGUUGUCGAGUUGUUGCUAUAUCUAUCGCUAUUGCCGGUCGUGGUGACUGUGUUGCACUGCAGGGAAGAGAAGUUAUUGCUUAGUGUGCGAAUUUUUAUUGUUUGAAGAAGAAAAGAUACCGACUGGAGAACGAAGAGAGCGCAAACCACCCCGAGCUCCGCGAGUCAAGGUUAUUUGGAUACGGUUGCCAAACUGAACCUCCUGCCUGUCUUAGGACGGACUCAGCACCGGCGGAUGGUGUGUGGCCUUACCAUUGGCUUUUUUUUGUGUGUGGCUUUGAUGUGUGAUUCUGUUAUACUUUUUAUUCGUUUCUGAUGUGAUAGCUGGUGAUACGAGAGAUUGCCUGCAGCUGUUUGUUGUGUUGUGUGUGCUCUUUUUUAAGUGAGACGGAAAUUACGACGAUGACGAUGAGAGUAAAAUACGGAUAAGGUGUGGUGUUGACAGCAGCCUAUAGUAUAGACACUAGCAGCAGUGUUUGUUCAGUGUCUGAGUGCUUACUACAUUCUAGAAUCCCGUCCAAAUGCCUUCACCAAAUUAGUGCGACGUAUCGAUAAACCGUCAUCACGCGGAAACAGCAAAGUGGUGUUUACUGAAGAAAACAGAAAACCACCAACCCAAACCCUUACAAUGUCCAAAACGAUCGAAACGCGCCUGCAGAGCAACGAGGUUCGAAUUCCGAAGAAGACGGAAUUCGACGUGUCCUCGUCGGCGGCGCCCAGUCAGUACUUCAAGAGUUCCUUCGCCCGGUCGUUGUCCUUCAGCCAGAGCGGAGGCAGCCCGUACGGUGCUGGCGGCGGUGGUGGAUCCGAUCAGCACCACUUUACCCGAUCGCUCGAUUUCGAGGUGAACUUUGGGCUGGCCACCAUCCCGGAUCAACCGUCGGCGCAAACGACGCCGUCCGCCUCGCCGGUUUACGAUCCGGAGCGCGAUGGCGGUGGCGGCGGCGGCAUCGGCAGUAGCAAUGCGAAAACCAAACUGGUGAACGGAAUCGCCACCAGCAACGGAGGGGUCGUCAAAACGCUGUGGAACUACUCCAAGGGAUCGGACUCCAGAACGGCCUCUCCGGCAGGAACCCCAACGAAACUCGCGAUGGCAACAGUGGCCGCCACUGCGUCCCUAGUUGCAACGCAUCCACCAUCCGCAUCUUCAGUGUUGCCGUCCGGCUCCGGCUCAUCGUCGUCCACGCGAAAGAGCGUUGAAGCCAACGAGAUCGAAGUUCUACGACUACGAAAGGAAUGCCAAAAUCUCAUCGAGGAGAAUCGCCGUCUGGUGAAUCUGGCCGCCAAUAGCGGAUACGCUAUCAACGGUGUGAUGAACGGUGGUGGUGCUGGUAGCAGCACUACCAAUGGAAUCCUAGGCAGUGCAGGAGGAGCAGGAGGUGGAAGCGGUAGCAGCAGUCUGGCCACACUUGGGCUUGGCCUAGCCGGCGGUGGAGGAGGACCGACCUAUUCCAAUGUGGAAACUGUGAUCCUGCAAACGCAGGUGGAAACGCUGCAGUGGCAACUGAAACAGGUCGACUCCAGCCGCCAGAUGUACCGCGCCGUGAUGGAAGAAGUCGUCCGUUACCUGGACCGGUGCCACCGAAGUCUGGACGCACUACAGCCAACCGUCAUCAACCGCUCAAAAAGUGUCCUCCAGGUAUCGAAAGUGCAUACCAGCAGCACCGGAAGCAACAACAACAGCAUCAACCACGAUUCGGACAGUAGCAGUGCCAGCAGUCCCCGGGCCCGCAGCAGUACCAAUCUGAGCGAUGUGCAAAAAUCCUAUACCAAAAAGCAGCUGGAACUGUUGAGCCAUCAUCACCACCAUCAACAGCAACAACAACUGCAGUCGCAUCCUUCCACCAGUUCGGGCACCGCCACACCACUGCUGGACGAGGAUUGUGCCCCGCCUUCACCUGCCAGCUCGUACAGCACUUUUCGAGAUUUUACGUGGCGCCGUUCACCGAAACGCACCCAGACUCUGCCAAUUUCCAGCGUCGAAGUUGAUCCGGAGAAGCUGGCCCAGGAAGCGUUCCGGUUGCUGCGGACGGUGCAGAAUCUGCUCAACACCCAGGAACCGACCCUGUCGCAGUCGUCCACCGCCCUCGAUAGCCUUCUGUUGACAUCGGCGGCCGGAUCCGCCACGGGAAGUACCUCCACCCUCACAGGAAUCGGCGGAGGAGCUGCGGUCGCAGGAGGAUCAGGUGGAGGAUCGUCAGCGGCUACGGUGCACCACCAUCACCAUCAUCACCACAUGCCAGGAGCGGUGGAAGCCAUGUACGGCGGAGUGGUCAAUGCCAGGAGUAAUGUCGGCUUCAGUCGGAAGCUGAACAUGAGAGGGAGUCGACUGUCGCUGAGGAGCAGUACGGAUGACUCGGUGCAUUCCACGUCGUCGUCGAACAAAACCGAAACCGAUGAGGACAAUACGGAUAGGCCUUCGCCUCCGUUGGGCCAUCACCUGCAUCACCCGCUGGUUCAUCAACAUCAGAACGGAGGAGGCAGUAGCAGUAGUAGCAGUACCACCAGCAGCAAUAGUGGCCAUUUAAUCAACCACCGUCACAGUGCAAACAUCGACCGAAUCAAGGAGAUGAUGAUCUCCAGCUCGGCGGAAGAUGAAAGUGGGUUCAGCUCGAUGAACUCCUUCCAGGAGAUUGGCCUUCCAUUGAUCAACUCAACUCUGCUGUCGUCGUCUUCCGCGGCGUCCAAUUCGGCUGAUUCCAACUCAUCCGCCGCUUCCUCGACGGGUUCGGUAUCCUUCGUAUCGGACGAAUCUUCCGACCUGCAGGAGAAUACCGUAAUCCCAAUCAACGCCAAUGCCACAACGAUCGCCAUAAACCCACCUUCAUCGAUGUCCUCUUCGUCGUCCAACUCUACCCUCACCAACACCAGCAAGCACCUCUCGGACAAGUUGGGCAUCCCAUCGUCCUCUCCGAAGGCACCGGAGAUACCCGCCCGAGUAACGCAAUCCCCCGCCUACGAACACCAUAACCACUUCAUCAACCACCGACGGUGGGACUCGGCACCGGUGGUGCCGCCGAAGUUGAAAAUCCACGGCACCGAUUCGGAUGGGGGCGUCUCAUCGCGGGUGCUGUGGGUGUAGCGGUGAUAGAACUCGGCGGCUAACGCGGCAUGCACCGUAGUAGCCGUGCCGUCGCCGCCUUCACUAUCCUCGCAUAUGCGCUUGCUCCUUAAUUUCGCUUGCUGUAAACUCACCCGAAAAAUUAACUCCAGGAAGUAGGUCAGGAUUUUCUCGUGGUUCCGCUCUGUGGGGUCCAAGUCACUGGAUUCACUCACUCCACCACAAACCGUUCGUCACAGCAAUGUUCACCAAACUAAAUUCCUUGAGCAUGUGACUUUCUUCGUAUCGUACUGCAAAGUUGGCCCUUCCGUCAGUGUUACUUACAUUUGUUUUAGCGUGUAAUAAUGACUGCUCAGAAGGGGGAUAACGGUUGUGAAGCCUUUGCAAUUCACUGUUUGAUAAACUUUGUUUGUGACGAAUGGAGAUCGAGCUCAUUAAAGGCGGAUCUAUCCAGUCUGACCCCUCCAGUCUUAACACUAAAACCUCUUUUUCAUGUAUUUAUGAACUGUUGAAGUUCUUCCAAUAUGCGUUGUUUUGGAUGUUGCCGAACGGUUGAGAGAAAAGAUCAGUAAAAUAUUGCAUUUAUUUAAGGGAAGUACAGUAGUUGUACAUCUUCCACAUGACCACUCGGAAGCAAAUCUGGAGUACGUCGGAGUGUCAUUGUACAUUUUACCACGAAUCAUAUUUUAUUACCAAAGCUAAUAAACUCAAAACAUGAUAGUCGCGUGAUAAGGUUUGUUGGAGCGUUUGUCGGCGGAAGAAAGUGUUUUUGCUCAAACGUGAAGCGUUUGUUCGGAAACGCUUCUCCUGCGCAUCAGAUUCGAGCAGAUAACGGAUGGGAAUUUGCUUUAACGUCCAGAACUAAUAUUUUAAUUGCAAUAGACGAUUAACUAAUGAGCAUUUAUAUUACUCGUGUACUUAAUCUAUAACAUUACUAUUAUACUACAUACUAAGAUCACCAUUAUUAUACUUUAGGCAUCUUAAGUGUAAAACUACUACCCGUCGUAAGAGGAAACACCAAUAGAUUAUUUUACACUAUCGAACGCAUCUUUGUAUUGUACCGCUGUGAAGCGAAUCGAUUACAUAAAUUAACCUGUAUCAAGUCGAAUAUCCUAACUACAUACAACUAUUA